UGGCUUUUGGCACUCCUUUUCUUUUAAAAAGUAGCUCCGUCUGCUUCGCUCUGCUGGUCUCGGUGCCUUUGAGAGUGGAAGCAGUGGGAAGCAGCCCCUGACAGACUGGGGUGGCCACUGAAACUGCCGUGAUGUUCAGGCAGAUGCCCAGGACCCCAGCUUCAAGCUGCUACUACCUAAAUCCCAUGACAACUGAGGGCCAGGAGAUGUACUUGCGGUUUGAUCAGACUACAAGACGCUCUCCUUACAGGAUGAGCCGGAUUCUAGCACGCCAUCAGCUAGUGACUAAAAUUCAACAAGAAAUUGAGGCAAAGGAAGCAUGUAACUGGCUCCGUGCUGCUGGGUUCCCUCAAUAUGCUCAGCUGUAUGAAGAUUCACAGUUUCCCAUUAACAUUGUGGCUGUCAAGAAUGAUCAUGAUUUUCUUGAAAAGGACCUUGUAGAACCUCUUUGCAGACGACUAAACACGUUGAAUAAGUGUGCCUCAAUGAAACUUGAUGUGAACUUCCAAAAGAAAAAGUGUGACGACUCAGAUGAGGAAGAUCUUUGUAUCAGCAACAAAUGGACUUUCCAAAGAACCAGCCGCAGGUGGUCUCGUGUGGACGACCUGCACACGCUGUUCCCUGGGAGAGACAGAAAUGGGUCACCGGGAGGCCCUAAGAUGAGAAACACCACCAGCAGUGAGAGUGUCCUCACAGACCUGAGCGAGCCUGAGGUCUGCUCCAUUCACAGCGAAAGCAGUGGAGGCAGCGACAACCGAAGCCAGUCUGGCCAGUACUGUGCCGAUAGCCCGGGCAUGCUGGAGGCCACCCUAGUUGGCAGCAGCCUCCCACAGAACUCCCGGGACCUUCUCAACCACCCUUUCUACCCUAAGAAUGAGAAACCCACCAGGACCCGGGCGAAAUCAUUUUUGAAACGCAUGGAAACGCUCCGAGCCAAGGGAGCACACGGAAGACACAAGGGGUCAGGGCAGACAGGUGGCUUGGUGAUCAGUGGACCUGUGUUGCAACAGGAGCCAGAGUCCUUUAGGGCCAUGCAGUGCAUCCAGGUACCAAAUGGAGAUCUCCAGAAUUCACCCCCCACUGCCUGCAGAAAAGGACUUCCGUGCUCCAGCAAAUCCAGUGGAGAGAGCAGCCCCUCAGAGAAUAGCAGCAGUGGGGUGAGCACUCCAUGCCUGAAGGAACAGAAAUGCCACCAUGAGGCCAACAAACGUGGGGGCAUGUACCUGGAGGACUUGGAUGUCCUGUCAGGGACAGCACUACAGGAUGCAGGAGGCCAAAACCACGCACAUGGGUUUCACUCCCAAGAGAACUUGGUUGUACACAUUCCCAAGGAUCACAAACCAGGAACAUUUCCCAAGGCACUUUCUAUUGAAAGCCUGUCACCCACAGAUAACAGCAACGGGGUUAACUGGAGGACUGGGAGCAUCUCACUGGGCAGUCAACAAGGUCCUGGCACAAGGGAGCCCAGGCUCAUGGCAUCCUGCCACAGAGCAAGCCGAGUCAGUGUCUAUGACAAUGUCCCUGGCUCCCAUCUGUAUGCCAGUACAGGAGACCUGUUAGACUUGGGGAAAGACUUCCCUCAGCUGGAUGACAUUCUGCAGCACGUCAAUGGGCUCCAAGAGGUGGUGGAUGACUGGUCAAAAAAUGUCUUGCCUGAACUGCAAUCUCAUGACAUGUUGCUUGGGGAACCUGGUUUGCCUCCCUUUCCAUCUCCUAAUCAGAUCACCUUAGAUUUUGAAGGCAACUCUGUCUCAGAGGGUCGGACAACACCCAGUGAUGUGGAAAGAGAUGGAACAUCUCUGAAUGAAUCUGAGGCCACAGGUGUCAGGGAAAGGAGGGAUUCUGGUGUAGGGGCCUCUCUGACCAGGCCAAACAGGCGGCUGCAGUGGAACAGCUUCCAGCUCUCGCACCAGCCUCGGCCGUCCCCAGCCUCGGCCCACAUCAGCAGCCAGACCGCCGGCCAGCUGAACCUGCUCCAGCGCUUCUCGCUGCUGCGCCUCACAGCCAUCAUGGAGAAGCACUCCAUGUCCAACAAGCACGGCUGGACAUGGUCAGUGCCAAAGUUUAUGAAGAGGAUGAAAGUUCCUGAUUAUAAAGACAAAGCUGUCUUUGGUGUUCCUCUCAUAGUUCAUGUCCAGAGAUCAGGACAACCUCUGCCUCAAAGCAUUCAGCAAGCACUGAUCUACCUACGCAGCAAUUGUCUCGAUCAGGUGGGUCUUUUCCGCAAGUCAGGAGUGAAGUCUCGAAUCCACACCCUGCGUCAAAUGAAUGAGAGCUUUCCUGAGAAUGUCAGCUACGAAGACCAGUCCGCUUAUGAUGUGGCAGAUAUGGUGAAGCAGUUCUUCCGGGACCUCCCUGAGCCGCUCUUCACCAACAAGCUUAAUGAAACCUUCCUCCACAUCUACCAGUUUGUCCCCAAGGAGCAGCGGCUGCAGGCUGUGCAGGCUGCCAUCCUGCUGCUGGCGGAUGAAAACAGGGAGGUCCUGCAGACACUUUUGUGUUUCCUAAAUGAUGUUGUCAACUUGGUGGAUGAGAAUCAGAUGACACCCAUGAACCUAGCUGUGUGUCUAGCUCCCUCCCUUUUUCAUCUUAAUUUAUUGAAGAAAGAAAGCUCUCCAAGAGUCAUCCAGAAGAAAUAUGCCACUGGGAAGCCAGAUCAAAAGGACCUCAAUGAGAAUCUGGCUGCAGCUCAGGGGCUUGCACAUAUGAUCAUGGAAUGCAGCAAGCUGUUUGAGGUACCACAUGACAUGGUGGCCCAGUCUCGUAAUUCAUAUGUAGAAGCUGAAAUACACGUUCCAACCCUGGAGGACUUGGGGACACAGCUGGAGGAGAGUGGAGCAACUUUCCACACUUUCCUGGAGCAUCUUGUCCAAGGCCUCCAGAAAGAAGCCAAGGAGAAGUUCAAAGGAUGGGUCACAUGCGCCAGCCCAAACAACACAGACCUUGCUUUCAAAAAGGUAGGAGAUGGAAACCCACUGAAGCUGUGGAAGGCGGCUGUGGAGGUGGAGGCGCCCCCUGCAGUAGUGCUGAACCGUGUGCUGAGAGAGCGCCACUUAUGGGAUGAGGACUUUGUGCAGUGGAAGGUGGUGGAAACUCUGGACAGACAAACCGAAAUCUAUCAGUACGUGCUAAAUAGCAUGGCCCCCCAUCCUUCCAGAGACUUCGUAGUUCUCAGGACUUGGAAGACCGACUUGCCCAAAGGAAUGUGCACCCUGGUGUCCCUCUCUGUGGAGCACGAGGAAGCCCAGCUCAUGGGUGGCGUGAGGGCGGUGGUAAUGGAUUCUCAGUACCUGAUAGAACCGUGUGGCUCGGGCAAGUCCAGACUGACCCACAUCUGCAGGAUAGACCUGAAGGGUCAUUCCCCAGAAUGGUACAGCAAAGGCUUUGGACAUCUUUGUGCAGCAGAAGUUGCCAGGAUUAGAAACUCUUUCCAACCCCUCAUCGCUGAGGGUCCAGAAACUAAAAUCUGAGUUUUUUGAAGUAUGGCAUCAAACUCAGGGAACAGGAAGCUGAAACAAACACUGUGGCAGAGAGUAUGCAUGUGAGAAAGCAAGAGAGAGAGUCACUAAUGGAUGAGACUAAUGCUUAAAAAUGGAAACACUGAGAAGUUGAAAUGUUGACGAUGCAAGAAUUUUCUGAAAACUUUUCUAGCCAUCCUGGAGACGGCUGCAUCCCUACUAAUAUAAUAUUUUAAAAAACCAGAACAUUUAUCUAUAUUACUUAAAAUUAAAUAGAUUAUUCCUGUGCAUUGCCUAAUUUGCUAUUUAAAGGCUUCUAAGAAGCAUAUUAUUAACUGUAAAUAAAUGUAUGUAUACAUGUGUAUAUCUAUCUUUACUGUAUAUUUGUAAAGUAUCAAUUUUAUAAAUAAUUGAGUGUCUGACUCAGUGAGUCUCUUCCUCACAGAGCUUUUCCCAAGAUGUUUUGGAUCCCAUCUCUCCACUGCCCCAUAAUCUGAGAAGAGCCUCUUGCUAACACCAAGGUGUGAACAUAGUCUGUCCAUCUGUCCUAAUGUCCAACCAAAGACUAGCUAACCAAAGCAAAGUAGCAUUAAAAGGUUCUUAUGCAUUUUAACAGUUUGUUCUGCUGUCCAGAAACCUUAAGAGUAGAAUGUUGGGGAAACACAAGGGAAAGAAUGUUCACUCCUCUUUAAAGCAAAGCAGUGGGUGAGAAGUUACUGCCAAAUUUAAAGCUUGAUUACAAGUUGCCAUCAGGUCCUGCAAAUGCAGUCUCAGUGAGAUGUUAGAUGGACUGCUAAAGUCAACAAUGGUGACUGAAACAGAACCAAUUUCUCCCAAGUAGGGCUGAGUAUAAGAACCUUUUCAUAUUUACAGCCACAGGGAGCCUCUGUGUUAGCUCAAGUUUUCAUACCUACUUUAUAUAAUAAUAUUAUUAGAUGUUCUUCUAUAUGACCAGUGGCCUAUGUGGUCACAGAUAAUUGGCUUUUUCUUUCCAAUGUAUUGCACUGAAUUUGAAUUCAAACCAGACCAAGAGAAAUGAUGGUCCUAUAAUAAUCUUGGACCAUUGUAGUAGCUUCAGGGAAUUUUUUGUGCCAUAUAUGAUGCUCUUAAAAUAUAAUUCGUUAAAACCUUACAGUCUGAAAGACAGGAUUUUUAACUGACACAAGACCAAAACUAUAUUCUUUCAUUAGUUGCAGAACAUAUAAACAGAUAUACUAAUUCUAUGUGUUUCUUAUUAGCUACCUAUGCAUUUGACCCCACCUUAUUUAUUAUUGUACAGAAAAACUGAAUGGAUUUAAGUUGGUUUUUUAUUGUAAAUCAAGGGCUGUAGAGAGAAAAAAACUUACUGUGCUUGGAUUUAAAGAUAGAAAUUUUCUUUGACUGUCCAUGGUUUAGCAACUGGCAUUGGAAGAAAAAAAGUAAAACAACUGACUGUUUUCAUUCUUUUUAUAUAGUAUGCAUUUAUGUAAUGUUUUCUCUUAUCAGCAAAGUGCAAUUGUCUUGUUGAAAGGAAUAUGUUAUCUGAGUUUAGUAUGGUGCACAAAAAAUCAUACUAGGAAUUUUUCAUUCCCACGUCUACCUAAGAAGGCAGCAGCAAAGCCACAGUUUGCCAUUUGGACUCCAACCAGAAAUUCAUUCUGCCAUUAAAUUUAACCAUAUAUGCUGGAUUACUUGUCACGCAUUGACAUGAUGAUUACUGAAGUUUAAUCUAGCUAAACACUGGUCCCACUCCAGAGAUGAGACAUGAUGUGUUUAAAAAGUAGAAUAGGCACACGAGGACGAAUGGCACUGUAUCACACAGUGCAGGCUCCUCCAACCUCAGUCUGCACACUAGGAGUCCCCUGGGAAUCCAGUUAAAAUGCACACUCUGAUUCAGGUUAUCCAGGGUGGGCCUGACACCUGAAUUUCUCAUAAGCCUCAGGGAUGCCCAUGCUGCUAGCCACAAGGACACACUGAGAAAGACCCUGAGGACACUUAAAACAGAAUAAAGACAAACAUGACUAUAUUUCGGACUCCCCUCUCUUUCAAUUACCUGACUUUGAUUUUAUGCAUGUACUAAUCACAUCACUGCUGCAUAACAACAUGGUGCCUCUUCAAAAUAAAGGAAAGGGAGAAACAAAAGAAAAGAUGCAUCAAGCUUAUUUGUCAGAUACCAUAGUUAUCUUGUUAUCUUGCCAAUGGAAAUAAAAUAUGAUAUUCCAUUUAAAUAUUAUACCUCAUGUAUAUUUUUACCUCAAUUGUUGGUAUCAAUCAUCAAUUGUAAAUAAGUAAU